AUGCCUGUAAAAGAGGCUGUCUAUGCUUCAAAUACACGGACGGAUGGGGCAAAUCCGAUCAAAAAGAAAAUUGAGACAUUGGUUUCAAGUAAGCUGCAGACCAAUCAGAUGAUGGAUUAUGUGGCACCACUCGUUGGUGAAAUUAAUGUUCAUACUGAAAGAAAACUUCGUCAAGAGCUAGAAGAGAAGAAGUUAAAAGCCAGCAGAGAAUACUUAGAAACGUUUGGCAAGGCUAUCCAGAACUUCGCUGCUAAGGUCAGAUCUUUGAACGCUAUUUGUCGAGAUAUGACCAAUAAAAUUCAGGCGAAUAAAGCCAAAACUCAAGAUCUUUUAGCCAAGACGGCUGCACUUCAAAAUGAAAAGAAAGCCUUAGAAGAAAGAGAAACAGUUAUAAGCGAAUUUUUGGAAAAGUUUUCGCUCACUCCUGAAGAAGAGGCUGCUUUGCAAGGAUCUCCAGUCAGAAGCGAUAUAUUUUUGUUUCGGUUUGUUAAUACGAAGUUGCUUUAUAUUCUUUCAGACGGCACAGUUGAUUCUAAGUUUUUUCUGGCUCUUGAACGUGUCAAGCAGAUCCACGCUAGUAGUAAAGAAUUGCUACGGUCUUCAGGAGAGCACUUGGCUGCCUUAGAAAUUAUGGAAGAAAUGGCUGGCAAACUGGAAAAGGCGUAUGAAGUAUUAUACCGUUCAGUUCAGCGCGAAUGUCGGCUUCUAAAUGUUGACUUCUUGGAACUGAAAGGUGUAUUGGUGCAAUCAAUCGCUGCGAUGUAUGACCGAGAAGUUUUGUUUAAGUAUGCGCUGGAUGAGUAUAUAACAGCGCGGAGAAAUCAUAUUGUGAGGGCAUACAUUGAUGCGUUAGUUAGAGGAGGUGUAGGAGGGUCGCCAAAACCAAUCGAAGUGCUGUCUCAUGAUCCGUUAAGAUAUGUUGGUGAUAUGUUGGCUUGGAUUCACCAAGCUAUGGCAACGGAACGUGAACUUCUGCAGACUCUUUUAAAAUUGUGCCCCCCAGAAGCUGCUAGGAAUAAUUGUUCCUUGGUUCUUAGUCAAAUUUCGGAAGCUUUAUGUCGUCCAUUCAAGGUCCGAGUGGAGCAGGCAUUGUCCAACGAGUCAAACUGCGUUGUGCUUUACCGUCUUUCGUGUCUUUUUACAUUUUAUGAGGAAACCAUGGGGCCUUCGCUGACUGAGGGAGCUCUUCUUUUGCAAACUAUUGUUGAACUGAAGGAUUUGACGUUGAACAUGUUUUUCAGCGCUUUGAAUUCUUCUGUACAAAAGCUGCUUAGUAAAAUGGGAACCCCUGACUACGACCUUUUACCUGUUCAAGCAGUUCAUCAAGUUCUUCUGCUUUUGAGAGAAGUUUUAGAAUCGCAUGAUGGUGCAGUAGCCGCUGUUGCAGAUAAAAAGGAAAAUUUCCUCAAGGUAUUUGCUUCAGUGUUAGAUCCUCUGAACCAAGCUGUGCAGAUAUCUGCUACUCAGCUGCAUUCUCCGAUUGAUGUCGCUGUGUAUACUUUGAACUGCCUUUCGGCUAUCAAUUCAGUCAUUAUACUUUACCAAUACACUGACAAACGUUUAGAGAUGAUCAAAGCACAGAUGGAAGCGAAUGAGGACGUCCUUGUAAGUGAACAGGCUACAGUUAUUCUAAAUCAAACCGGGCUCAUUGAAACUUACUCUAAAGCUGCUGCGCACCAACCAAACCAGGGGGCUCUUUCUGAAAUACAAGGUAUGGAGCCGUCUAGAAUCGCUGAAGCUCUCAACUCAUUUGAUAAUUUCUUAUCAAAUCCAGAUGAUUAUCGUUUGGAUCAGUGCGCCAAAGUGUCGUCGGUUCGUGCACGUGAUUCUAUACAACAACGCACAAUUGACAACGUCAUCGCAGCAUACAAUGUAAUUUACAAGAAGAUAGUUGAUCCUGAAAACAAGUAUACAACGAUUUCAGCGAAGACUGUUGAGCAGGUUGAGGACCUAUUAAAAGAGUGGAAGUAAGU